UCCACCUUCUUCAGGUGUAGGAGAGGAGGAGUAGGAAAGGAGGAGUAGGAGAGGAGGAGUAACAAAAGUUUCUGGUCGCAGUCUGAGUGUGAUGUAGGUGCAGCGUGGUGGUGAGUGCGCGGUAUUGUGGGGUAUUACGGUACUCAUGGCGCUACGCUUAUGUGUCCGGAAAUGCGCGGGGUAGCCGCGGUGUGUGACAGCGUGCUGUAGCCGGACUGGCAGGCUGAUGCUCGGCAGUGAGUCCGGGGCUGACGGCGGUCCGGCGGGGAUCGAGAGCGCGGCGGUAUGGGUCUGUUAGCCCGGGUCCGAAAGGAGUGGUUCAUCAUCGGAAUCGUGUUGGUGAUCAGCGCCGCCAAGCUCGCUCCUUCUGUCGGAGUGAAGGGAGGUCCUCUUCGUCCAGAGAUUACCAUCACCUAUGUUGCUGUGUCGACCAUCUUCUUUAACAGCGGCCUGUCGCUGAGAACUGAGGAGUUGGCGAGUGCAUUGAUGCACGUGAAGUUACAUCUGUUUGUUCAGACGUUUACUCUGGUGUUCUUCCCUGUGGCCAUCUGGCUGCUUCUUAAAGUUCUAGCCCUCACUGCUAUUAAUGAAUGGCUUUUGAAAGGGUUGCAGACAGUGGGCUGUAUGCCUCCACCUGUUUCCUCUGCAGUCAUCCUCACUAAAGCUGUUGGGGGAAAUGAGGCUGCUGCUAUUUUCAACUCUGCGUUCGGGAGCUUUCUGGGGAUUGUUGUCACUCCUUUGCUGCUACUUGUGUUUCUCGGCUCGUCCUCCUCUGUGCCGUUCUCUUCGAUUUUCUCCCAGCUCUUCAUGACCGUAGUCGUCCCACUCAUAGUUGGGCAGGUGUGCAGGAGGUUCCUGAGGGACUGGCUAGAGAGGAGGAAACCUCCAUUCGGGGCCAUAAGCAGUUUGGUUCUGCUCAUGAUCAUCUACACCACCUUCUGUGACACCUUCUCCAACCCAGACAUUGAGCUGGACCACCUCAGCCUCCUCCUUAUCGUCUUUAUCAUCUUCUCCAUUCAGAUAACUUUCAUGUUACUGACGUUUCUCUUGUCUACCAGAGCAUCUUCUGGCUUUUCUGCAGCAGAUUCUGUUGCAAUUAUAUUUUGUGCUACGCACAAAUCACUUACGCUGGGUAUUCCCAUGUUGAAGAUUGUAUUUGAGGGUUAUGAGCAUCUCUCUCUGAUCUCAGUGCCUCUGCUCAUAUACCACCCAGCCCAGAUCCUGCUGGGCAGCAUCCUGGUGCCCACCAUCAAAACAUGGAUGAACACAGCUCAGAAGGUACCAAACAUUCAACCAAACACAAGACAACACGCCAUCAGCACAUACUGAGUCUAGACCACUGAAACACACACAGCAGUGAUGCCCACUGGCCUCCUUUCUACCGUGAAGCUCCACCUGGUUGAUGAGCAGCUGAAGAUCUCAGCUCAUCUGCUGAUGUACAGUUUGUGUUAUACUUUUAGUUGGGGGUUGUUUCUAAUAAAGUGGCCACUGAGUGACAGAGCGGAGUCAGUGUUUCUAAUAAAGUGGCCAGUGAGAGAAAGGACAAGGUGGGUGUUUCUAAUUAAGUGGCCAGUGAGAGGAAGGACAAGGUGGGUGUUUCUAAUAAAGUGGCCACAGUGAGAGGAAGGACAAGGUGGGUGUUUCUAAUAAAGUGGCCACAGUGAGAGGAAGGACAAGGUGGGUGUUUCUAAUAAAGUGGCCACAGUGAGAGGAAGGACAAGGUGGGUGUUUCUAAUAAAGUGACCACAGUGAGAGGAAGGACAAGGUGGGUGUUUCUAAUAAAGUGGCCACAGUGAGAGGAAGGACAAGGUGGGUGUUUCUUAUAAAGUGGCCAGUGAAAGGAAGGACAAGGUUGAGGUUUCUAAUAAAGUGGCCACAGUGAGAGGAAGGACAAGGUGGGUGUUUCUAAUAAAGUGGCCACUGAGUGACAGAACUGAGUCAGUGUUUCUAAUAAAGUGGCCACAGUGAGAGGAAGGACAAGGUGAGUGUUUCUAAUAAAGUGGCCAGUGAGAGAAAGGACAAGGUGGGUGUUUCUUAUAAAGUGGCCAGUGAAAGGAAGGACAAGGUGGGUGUUUCUAAUAAAGUGGCCACAGUGAGAGGAAGGACAAGGUGGGUGUUUCUAAUAAAGUGGCCACAGUGAGAGGAAGGACAAGGUGGGUGUUUCUAAUACAGUGGCCACAGUGAGAGGAAGGACAAGGUGGGUGUUUCUAAUAAAGUGGCCACAGUGAGAGGAAGGACAAGGUGGGUGUUUCUAAUAAAGUGGCCACAGUGAGAGGAAGGACAAGGUGGGUGUUUCUAAUAAAGUGGCCAGUGAGAGGAAGGACAAGAUUGGGGUUUCUAAUUAAGUGGCCACAGUGAGAGGAAGGACAAGGUGGGUGUUUCUAAUAAAGUGGCCACAGUGAGAGGAAGGACAAGGUGGGUGUUUCUAAUAAAGUGGCCACAGUGAGAGGAAGGACAAGGUGGGUGUUUCUAAUAAAGUGGCCAGUGAGAGGAAAGACAAGGUGUGUGUUUCUAGUAAAGUGGCCACAGUGAGAGGAUGGGCAAAGUGGGUGUUUCUAAUAAAGUGGCCAGCGAGAGGAAGGACAAGGUGGGUGUUUCUAAUAAAGUGGCUAGUAAGAGGAAGGAAAAAGUGUGUGUUUCUAAUAAAGUGGCCAAUGAGGGGAAGGACAAGGUGGGUGUUUGCAUGCAGGUGUAAAUCAUGCUUUUUGAUCUUCCUCUCAUUUAACCCUUCCUCCUCCUCCGUCUCUCUCUCUCUCCCUCUCAGUCUCGUAUCUUGUUACGCUAAGCCUGCAUGCCCCUCCCUCCUCUGCCUGCAAGUCCUUGUCAGCACUGAAACUGACCAACCUGCAGCCCGUCUGAGAUCUCUGCAGAACCGUGACCAAAGCCGGAAUCAACAGGAUCAACCAAACCUGACCUGACCCAAACCUGCUGGGUCCGGGUGCGGUUCUCUAGUUUACCAUAAGGGAUGAGGGACGCCCUCCUCCUGCUGAAGGAAGCGCUGGAUGGAUCAAAAGUGCCUUAAUGCAUCACAGUUUGAACUCUGGCAGCUGCUGCAGCUCGCCUAUCUACAGGGAGAAACUCUAGAAUUCCAUUUUUAACAGAAAUGUAAAUGUAUAUCUUUAUUUUUAUAUGAAGUGUUUACCAUUUCCAGAGACUACGCCAGAUUUCCUAAAGCAGUUUAUUUUUCUUUGUGUAAAAUGUUACUCUAACUUUUAUUUUACCUGUUUUGUAUUUUUUAACUACACUCUUGGCAUCACCGAAAGCCUAGAAGCAAUUGGUUAGUUUCUGUCUGAAGUAUUUUUUACAACAAAAAAAAGGUUGAGGAUUAUUUUGGUAUCAAAUCAUCAUAAAUAUUAAAACGGUAAAAAGGUUUGAUUUGUUAAUAUUAUGUGAUUUAUGCAGCAAUGUGAUGUUUGGGGUCAUGCAGUUGGCCAGGUCUGUAGGGUAAAGGUGGUGGUGGUGAUGGUAAUGGUGAGUUCAUGCCCAGUUUUUGUGCCGAAAACAUCAGAUUUGGAAGACAGCCCUCUGUGCACUUGUCCACUGUACUGCCAUGUUGCUUUCAAACAAUAAAGCACCAUUGAGACCAGUCUGGA